AUGGGGAUUACACCUUGUAAGCUUUCCCAUUUUCGGCUGAACAGCCCAAGUCUUGGCAUAGGCGUUCAAAUAGCCAGCGGCCAGUACAGAGAACAGGCUUUGAAAUGUAGUUCACCUUCUCUCUUUGACAGAUCUCUCACCGGUCAUCAGAAGCAAUGGAACUGGAAGGUAGCACUGCGUGACAGGCGUUCAGAUCAGCCAAUUAUUGCCGGCGCGGACCCUCCACCCCCUCUCUCUUGCAAAAUGGCGGCCCCCGCUCCCGCCCCGGCUCCGGCUGCUCCCGCGGCCGCCCCGGGCUCGUGCCCGUGGAGCCCUCCGCCAGGGGUUAAGCAUCACUGUAACCAGCUGACUUGGUCCUGUCCCCUUUCUCAGGUGGCAGUCGAUAUGGAAUUUGCUAAAAACAUGUAUGAGUUGCACAAGAAGGUGUCUCCUAGCGAGAUCAUCUUGGGCUGGUAUGCAACAGGUCAUGACAUCACGGAACACUCUGUCCUGAUCCAUGAGUAUUACAGCCGGGAAGCGCACAAUCCAAUCCACCUCACUGUGGACACAAGUCUCCAGAAUUCACGCAUGAGCAUUAAAGCCUACGUCAGUGCCCCAAUGGGAGUCCCUGGUAAAACUAUGGGCGUGAUGUUCACACCUCUAACAGUGAAAUAUGUUUAUUAUGAUACAGAGCGGAUAGGAGUGGAUCUUAUCAUGAAGACUUGUUUUAGCCCUAAUCGAGUGAUUGGCCUGUCCAGUGACUUACAGCAGGUGGGGUCAGCAUCAGCCAGGAUUCAGGAUACCCUGACCAUGGUGCUCCAGUAUGCAGAGGAUGUAUUGUCUGGCAAAGUGGCUGCUGACAACACUGUUGGGCGAUUCCUGAUGGAUCUUAUUAACCAGGUGCCAAAGAUUUCACCAGAGGACUUUGAGACAAUGUUGAACAGCAAUAUCAAUGACCUACUGAUGGUAACCUACUUGGCAAACCUCACACAGUCACAGAUUGCUCUCAAUGAAAAACUUCUGAGUUUAUAAAGAAACUUCUGCCACCCUGCACUUCAAAGAGCCUGAAGAACGAGCAGAUACAUUUCUAUGGUGGUGUUACAAAUAUCCUUGGACCGUAAUUUAAUUACCUAGAUGACUUGGAUUACAUUUUUAUUUCCAUUGCCCUGAGAAAUCCCUAACAUGGUUUAGGAAAUGAAUGGGAACGGCUGCAGUUUAGUUGAGCCCAAUAUUUUAAAAUUGAAUACGUGAAUCUUUCAUCUCUUGGGUUUAUCUACUUGUAUAACAAAAUGCAGCUUUAUUAUAAGAAUGUAUUUGAAAUAAAAGUUCCAUUGCAAUGGCAAGAAUGGCUUCUGUCCAGAAAAAAAUAUUCUCAUUUAUUGUAUAACCAAUCACCAUUUGAAAGGGGGGAUAACACCACAUCAGGAAAGAAAACAAGAGUGCAUGCAAGUCAACUCCAGUUCUGCCAACUUGCUUGCAGGGUGUUUCGCCAACUGUUAAAGCACACUGAGAGCGUGGCUUCAUGUAUUGCACAUAAUACGCUUUUCCGUGGAGGACUACAGAAUGGUCAUGGGUUUAUUAGUGGUGUAUUUGCCCUUCUUCAGCAGGGUACUGACAGAGCAGGAGACAGUGGAUGCAGUUUACGUUACGGUAUUUUCUGUGUAUAUCUGAUCCUUUGGGAAAGGAAAGCAAGGCCAGUGAGGGCCAUUAGCCCCUCAUAAAGUAAGGGUUCAGAGAAUUAAACUAGCAACUGAGUUCAUGGUUAAAAGGGCUUGAAAAGCAUUUGUGGCUGAACAGGUGUGGCUAUUGGAGUUGCUAUCUUUACAAAAGAAGAAAAGCACAGCAAAACUACACUUUGUGAAGCUCUGAGGUUAAAAUUUGGGUGUCAUCAAAUAGGAAUUUUCUGUUUUGUGACCCUGUACUGCUGCUAAAAUCAUGUGAACAGAACCUUCCCAUUUUUUCCCCCAAACUUACUUCACAUUAAAUUGAGUUCUAGCUGAAAGAAAGCCAAUACCAAUCUGAGCUGUAACUUUUUACAGUCUCAGCUAAUAACAUGACCUUCAGAAGUCUGUUCAGCUGUACUGAGGAGGUAAAAGUGUCCCUCUUCUACAACGUAACCUUUCACCUCAUUGCUAAUGACUAUUUCUGAUGCCUUACGUGUAUUUUGGUAAAUGAAUCUGAAAUGGUAGAGAAGCCUGCAAAGGCAGUGUUCCCCAAAAUAAUUUUUGUGCUAAUUCGUCAGAUAAAUCCAAGAAUGGGACUCAGGUUACAAAUCUGUAGAUCCUAUACUGGUUGUUCCAAUCUCUAGAAUUCCACCAGUGACUCAAUGCUGAAUUCUAAGUUCUAAUUGCAAGGACAACAUACAUGAAAACUUAAAGUAUAGCAAAGAUUCUCAUAUCUUUGAAUGUGACUCACGAGCAUUAAAUUAAGUGUUAAAACUCGGCUCUUGUUUUUUAUUAGUCUGAAUAAAAACCCUUCUUCAAACUUAAUAUUCAUAACCAGCCUUUUAACUAUUUCACAAAUGUUCAGGUCAAGGUGUUUUUUAAAGCCAGCCUUGAAAUAGGUGGAGGAAAAGAGCAAGCAGCAAAGCUGGGUAAGUCUCUCAAUACUGCAAACAAGUUGUGGGGAGGUGGGGGGGGAAAGCAUAAUAUUCUUUCCCUGAGCUCUCCUCUGCAGUAAACUUGCCAUUCCUGGUUCGGAAAACUGAUAAAAAGUAAGGAGAAGGAUUUUAAAUGCUCUACGAGUUGAAUAGCUAUGCUAUUUAAUAAGCUGCUGUGCACAGAAUGCAAAAUUCUGGGAAGACUAAUUUGUGAUCAUUGAUAUAGAACAGCUAUUGUGGAAUCUGCCAGUCCUUACAAGCACCCAAAGACUAAUGAUGGUACGCCAUAGGGGACUGAGGUUAUGUCUUCCUAGGUAGAAAGCUUCACUGCAAAGCAGAGGUGUCAGAAGAACCCACAAUCCAUAGAUUUUGUUGUACGCCAGACAGCACAGUGACAAACGCUUGGAAUUAGAGUAGGAAAAAAAUAGUUGUCCUUUUAAAAACACUGUAUCUGAUCCCAUCCGUUCUGUCUCUUUCUACUGGGUGAAGAGCACAUUGUGAACCUUACUUUGACUCUGGAAUUUUGAAUGCCUGAUUUCAAAUUUAAGUGGCCACUCUUAUGAAGAGCAAUAUUGCAAACAAAUGUAAUGUGUCAUUUUGCUUAACUGUGAAGCCUGGGGUGUAUUAUUACCUAGGAGACUGAUGCUUUCCUUCUCUGGAGCUGUAAAAUCUAGAUAGGAAUUCCUAAAGGUAUUUUAUUUGAAUUGUUCCACCUUAUGGAAAUCUAAAAACAUGAAGUUCUAUAGAAAAUCUGGUGGGAAAGCUUUGGGAGUCAAAAAGCCAUCACCAAGGAUUUCAAGCUUUAACUUGAUACUGAUUUGUAAACCACAGACUUCUUGGAUUUAUUAGGGGACUUCUUUUUUUUGUUCGUUUAGGAUGUGUUGCUCCAAAUAACUUUG